UAACCACUGGGAAAUUAAGGAAAGCAAAAGGAAUUUGUUUAGCCAUGGCAACAACUUCAUCCUACAUGGCCCGACCCACCCUCUCCAUGAUGGGCUGGUCAAAGGGCUCUAAUAUGAGAAAGAGAAUUGGUUUUACAGUAUCAGCAUCAUCAUCAUCAGGAGUAGAAGAACAGGAAGAAGCUUCUGCAGAGGUGAAAGUUGAAGAAGAUAUCAAUCAACCAGAAGAGCCACAGAAGAAGCUUGAGGAAGGAAUGAAGACGACGCCGAGGCCAGUGGAGGCGCAGAUAAAUGUGAAGAACAAGAACAUGGGGAGAGAGUACGGAGGGCAGUGGCUGAGCAGCACGACUCGGCACGUGCGGAUAUACGCGGCGUAUAUCGAUCCCGAAACGUGCGCGUUCGACCAGACGCAGAUGGAUAAGCUCACCCUAUUACUUGACCCAACUGAUGAGUUCCUUUGGACGGAUGAGACUUGCAACAAAGUCUACUCUUACUUCCAAGAACUUGUUGAUCAUUAUGAGGGAGCGCCUUUGACAGAAUACACGCUUCGACUGAUUGGUUCUGAUAUAGAACACUACAUCAGAAGGCUUCUUUAUGCUGGAGAAAUCCAAUAUAACAUGGAUGCAAGAGUCCUCAACUUCAGCAUGGGGAAACCAAGAAUUGGUUUUAAUUACGAUGGCCAGCUUCAAGACGUAAACCAAUAAGCUUGUUUAAGCAGUCUUAAUCUAUUGUGACAAUGCAAAAAGAAAUCAAAACAAUACAAAAAACAAAUUAAUGAAUUUCUCUCUUUGGUGUAUGAUACAACCAUUUACUUGGUCAA